ACUCCAAUGGAUCCAGUGGUGGCCCUGGUCCUUGGUGUCUCCUGUCUGCUUCUCCUCUCAGUCUGGAGACACAGAUCAGGGAGGGGGAAGCUCCCUCCUGGGCCCACUCCUCUCCCAAUUAUUGGAAAUAUCCUGCAGAUAGAUGUUAAGAACAUCAGCAAGUCCUUAACGAAUUUGUCAAAAGUCUAUGGCCCUGUUUUCACCCUGUAUUUGGGCAUGAAGCCCAUUGUGGUGUUGCAUGGAUAUGAAGCUGUGAAGGAAGCCCUGGUUGAUCAUGGGGAGGAAUUUGCUGGAAGAGACUCUUUCCCAAUUUUUAAAACAAGUAUGAAAAACUUUGGUAUCGUUUUUAGCAAUGGAAAGACAUGGAAGGAGAUAAGACGCUUCUCCCUCAUGACCCUGAGGAAUUUUGGGAUGGGGAAGAGAAGCAUUGAGGACCGUGUUCAAGAGGAAGCCCGCUGCCUUGUGGAGGAGUUGAGGAAAACCAAUGGCUCACCCUGUGAUCCCACAUUCAUCCUGGGCUGUGCUCCUUGCAAUGUGAUCUGCUCCAUUAUUUUCAAGAACCGGUUUGACUACCAAGAUCCAGAUUUUCUCACCUUGGUGAACAAGUUCAAUGAAAAUGUCAGGAUUAUGAGCUCUGCAUGGGCGCAAGUCUACAAUAAUUUCCCUGCUCUCUUUGAUUAUCUGCCAGGGAGUCAUCACAUUUUAUCCAAAAAUAUUGAUUAUAUGAUAAAUUAUAUUAUGGAGAAAGUAAAAGAACAUGAAGAAUCCCUGGAUGUUAAUGAUCCUCGAGACUUCAUUGACUGUUUCCUGAUAAAAAUGGCUCAGGUACAGUGUUGCCAUCAGCCUAGUUUUUUGAUUCCUUGA